AUGGCAGAGUCCAAUGGUUCUGCCGCUGCAGGCUACCGGCCGCGGCGAAGCAGCUCCAUCGCAAACCACAGUCAAAGAGGAGGAACAAAUUAUCAUACACUUUACAGAAGAGAUUCCAAUGUGUCGACGGCCAGCUUCAUGGAUGAUGUCGAGAUGGCACAUGAUGAAAUGUUUUCGGGUGCCAUUUCUGAAUCAGUUCCUUCUAGUAUUGCAUCCUUCGCGCAUCGGCGGUCGCGAGCAGAUUCUUCAGCAAGUUUCACAUACUAUCAACCAAACGACGAUGACGAGGAGCUUUCACGAAGUGCCGAGGACGAAGAUGACAGUGCGAUAAUAGACGAGGAAGACGAUGUCCAAUACCAAGAGGAAGAUUCGGAUUUGGAAGCUGCUGAAUUGGCUUUGAGAAGGAUAUCAACUGUGGAAUCCAGAAGUUCCGUGCAUGAUCGAUUAUUGCGCAGCGAUAGUGCAAGAACGGAUGGAAGUAACCUUGGGCAAGGUCAUCGAACAAACCAAAAAAUAUACAUCAUUACAGAGGACCUUACUAUAGUAGUGGCAGGUUUUCGAACUAGUACAUCUGGGUUUGCGUUAUACUUAGCCAUUUGUAUCCUUUCCUUUGGUCUUGGUUAUCUUUUGUUACGAUGGUUACCGCGCUGGCAAGUCCGUAUCAUUGGUAUGCCAUCACCAUUGAGAGAAUGUGCUUGGGUAGUCAUUGAAAACCAAUGGGGAGAAUUUGUUGUACAGGAUGUCGAGUCAAAAGAAUACGGACGGUCUCUGUCUACAGUCUUUGGCCUUUCCCAAAAAAAGUAUUCCAUGUCUUACGAUUAUGACGACGACCCCAUUUUGGACAAUCUACGUAUUCUUGACUACCGCUAUAUGCGGUUCUCAUUCAAUCCUUUGAAAGAUAGGUUCGUCCUAUGUAAUAGCUGGAAGGACCCGGCAUGGACAGAUGUGAAGUCCAUUCGUUCUGGAAUUAGUGGAGAGGAGAAGGAGAACAGAGAGCUAGUCUUUGGGAAUAACAUGAUUGACAUCAGGCAGAAGACCGUUCCUCAACUUCUUGUAGAUGAGGCUUUCCAUCCAUUUUAUGUCUUUCAAGUGGCCAGUCUUAUUUUAUGGUCAAUGGAUCAGUACUAUUACUAUGCUGCGUGUAUAUUCGUCAUAUCCGCGACAAUGAAACGAUUGAGAGAAAUAUCACGAUUCGAAUGUGACGUUCGUGUCUUACGUAAUUCAUUCUGGCGCUAUGUUCCAUCGAGCGAACUUGUUCCAGGAGACAUCUACGAGGUUACGGAUCCGGCCUUAGGACAGUUUCCCUGUGAUAGUCUACUGCUCGCUGGUGAUUGCAUUGUCAAUGAAAGCAUGCUCACUGGCGAAUCCGUCCCUGUGUCCAAAGUUCCAGCUACCGAUGAAUCUUUGCGGCUCCUUAACCUUUCUGCUUCAUCUGUGGCCCCUGAGCUCGCGAAACACUUCUUGUUUUGUGGGACUAAAAUUAUCAGGGCACGUCGUCCUCAUGAUGAUAAUGAUGGCGAGGCAGUUGGGCUCGCCAUGGCUGUCAGGACCGGCUUCAAUACCACGAAAGGUGCAUUGGUUAGAUCCAUGCUCUUCCCAAAGCCUUCAGGAUUCAAGUUUUACAGAGAUUCGUUCCGGUACAUAUCCGUCAUGGGCGGCAUUGCAAUGCUAGGAUUUGUUGCAUCAUUCAUCAACUUUGUUCAUCUGAACUUGGCAUGGCACUUAAUUGUUGUCAGAGCCCUGGAUCUGAUAACAAUUGUCGUUCCGCCAGCUCUGCCCGCCACACUUACAAUUGGAACCAAUUUCGCCCUGGGACGCCUUAGGAAGAAGCAGAUAUUUUGUAUCAGUCCUCAAAGAGUAAAUGUGGGUGGAAAGCUCGACAUUGUAUGUUUCGACAAGACUGGAACGUUAACCGAGGAUGGUCUGGAUGUUCUUGGUAUUAGAGCUGUACACCAGCCGGCAAAUAGAUUCAGUGAUAUUCUCACCGAUGCGCCAUCACUGUUGCCCGGCGCGGCUUAUGAACGCGAUCCUACAGUCGACUACAACAUCCAUAAAGCCAUUCUUUACACGAUGGCGACAUGCCAUUCCCUUCGAGUUGUUGAUGAUGAACUGAUGGGUGAUCCAUUGGAUCUAAAAAUGUUUGACUUUACUGGUUGGUCUUUUGAGGAAGGGCAGCACAACUCUGGCGACACCGAUGAUGAGGAGUCUGGAGGAUUGUCACCUUCAAUCGCCCGACCUCCGGCGGGCAUGGAAUACGAUUUGGAUGAUCAAGAUAACGCCAAUAAAUCUCCUAUCGAACUUGGUGUUCUCAAAUCUUUCGAGUUUGUCUCCCAGCUUCGCCGAGCCAGUGUGAUCGCUCGGAAGUUUGGGUCUCAAGGGUGUGAUGUUUAUGUAAAGGGUGCCCCUGAAUGCAUGAAAGACAUUUGCAAAGCGGAAAGCUUCCCUAGUGACUACGAAGAUCUUCUCGCUUAUUAUACCCAUAGAGGCUUUCGCGUCAUUGCCUGUGCUACGAAACACAUCAAGAAGAUUAACUGGGUGAAGAUGCAGAAAAUGAGCCGUGAAGACACUGAAUCGGAGUUGAACUUUAUUGGGUUCAUUAUCUUUGAGAACAAGCUUAAGCCAAGCACAGCCGGUGUAUUGGAUGAGUUGACUGAAGCUGGUAUUAGAAAAGUCAUGUGUACAGGCGACAAUAUCUUGACGGCCAUUAGCGUCGCCAGGGAAUGCAAUCUCAUCGACAAGACCGCUCACUGUUUCGUGCCUCACUUUAUAGAAGGGAACUCGCUAGACCCAAAAGCUCGAUUAUCAUGGGAGAGUAUUGACAAUAGCAUAUAUAGACUCGACGACCAAACUCUAACGCCACUUCCUCCGCCGGUGGAAGGCGACGCCUCGUUACCUUAUGAUAUAUCUAAUCUGAGGAAUUACUCUUUAGCUGUGAGCGGAGAUGUCUUCCGCUGGAUUGUGGAUUUUGCGCCCACAAGCGUUCUUCAAAGAAUGUUAGUCUGUGGUCAAGUAUUUGCGCGGAUGUCGCCUGACGAGAAGCAUGAGCUAGUGGAGAAACUCCAGAGUAUCGACUACUGUUGCGGAUUUUGUGGUGACGGUGCGAACGACUGUGGUGCUUUAAAAGCCGCAGAUGUUGGCAUAUCAUUAUCUGAAGCAGAAGCUUCAGUCGCUGCGCCAUUCACUAGCAGGGUGUUCGACAUUACCUGCGUUCCUGAAGUUAUACGUGAGGGUAGAGCAGCUUUGGUGACCAGUUUCAGCUGUUUCAAGUACAUGAGUCUCUACUCGGCCAUCCAAUUCACGUCCGUGAGCUUUCUAUAUGCAUCUGCAUCAAAUCUUGGGGACUUUCAAUUUCUCUUCAUCGAUUUAAUACUCAUUCUGCCUAUCGCUAUUUUCAUGGGAUGGACUGGACCUUUUCCUAUCCUAUGCCAGAAACGCCCCACAGCCAACCUCGUGUCAAGAAAGGUGUUAACACCACUCUUGGGUCAAAUAGCCAUUUGCAUCCUUAUUCAAGCCGUUGCAUUUCAAGCAGUGAGACGACAGCCUUGGUUCAUUCCCCCUCAUCUUGAUAAGGACAAAUCCAACAUUGAAAAUUCGGAAAACACUACACUAUUUUUGGUAUCUUGCUUUGAAUACAUUCUUUCCGGAAUCGUCCUAAGUGUGGGGAAGCCAUUCCGUCAAUCCAUGGCACAUAACCUACCAUUUGUCGUCACAAUUGUCGUGGCAUUGCUGUUCUCGUUAUAUAUGCUCUUUGAUCCGUCUCAAUGGUUGGCGAAUUUUAUGCAGUUGACUGAAAUGAGUUGGGACUUUGAGGCAGGUGCAAGCGCAGGUACGGGUCCUAACUGGAUCCUCGACGGAGGAUAUCUCCCAAAUGCUGUAAUCCGCCUUGGUAUCCGUCGCCAAUUGCGUGAGCGUAUUGACCUUAUAAAGAGUACCUCAUUAGAAGAAGCGUAUGAGCGUAAAAUGAGCUACGUAGAGCUUCUGCGUAGUCGUCCGAUUGCCAUUGAGACGGCUGCUGCCAAUGAACAGCAUUAUGAAGUCGGAACUGGUGUUCUUGCUGCGUGUCUAGGGCCAAGAAUGAAGUAUAGUUGUUGUUUGUAUCCUAAGGGGAGUGAAACUUUGGGUCAGGCGGAAGUGGAAAUGUUGGAGACUUAUGUGAAAAAGGCUGGGUUGGAGGAUGGAAUGAGUAUCCUGGAUCUUGGAUGUGGUUGGGGUUCAGGAGCAUUGUAUUUUGCGGAAGUUUUCCCAAAUUCGAAGAUCACGGCGUUCUCGAACUCGAGAACCCAGAAGCUCUACAUUGAUGGGAAAGCCAAGGAGAAGGGUUUCCAAAAUCUGACAGUGAUCACCGGGAACGUGGUGGAUUACGAAUUCGAGAAAGAUAGUUUUGACCGAGUUGUAUCCAUCGAGCUUUUUGAGCAUAUGAAGAACUAUGAGCUACUGAUGGCAAAAAUUGGAAGAGCCUUGAAGCCAGGGGGGAAACUGUUUGUCCAUAUCUUUGCUCACAAGACUACACCUUACGACUUUGAGGAGGGAUGGAUGAGCACACAUUUUUUCUCUGGAGGUACCAUGCCAUCUGCGGAUCUGUUGUUAUUCUUUCAGAAAGAUCUCAAACUUGAGAGGCAAUGGUGGGUGAAUGGCCAACAUUACGCAAAGACUUGCGAGGAUUGGCUGUCAAAGAUGGUAGCUAGCAAGCAAGAGAUUUGGCCCCACCUAACAGAAACAUAUGGCGAGAAAGAUACCGCAAUGUGGUAUUACCGCUGGCAAAUUUUCUACCUGGCAUGCGCCGAGUUGUUCGCGUAUGAAGGUGGAGACACCUGGGGUGUAUCCCACUACUUAUUUGAGAAGCCCAUCUCUGCGUAA